AUGCAGCUUAAAGCGACUAACAAGUACUACGAGGAGAAAAAGAAUAAACUUCUCGUCGAUCUUCUGGAUAUCCGCGAGGAGGUGAAGCUCCUAGUUGAAAUAAAGGAUAUCCUCGAUGAGAUCAACAUCAUUCUUUCGGUACUAGACAUACAACGGACGGUCAUCAAGCAGCGACGAAAGGCGGAAGGAUUGACUUUCCUAGGCUCGUCAGCUGCAGAGGUUCUCAUCAAAGCCGACAUAGAUGACUUCAAGAAGCUUGAAGGUCACAGUCGCACGAUACAGGAGAAGAUCAAUACUUUAAUGGAUCUCAAGCAAAAGGCUGCAAAUGCCUGGGAAGCACGAGAAGCUCGUGAAACCACAGUUGCAGCGAGCAAACAAGGAAAUGUAGGAAAGCCCCGUGUUGUCCCGUUCCUCCCAGCUUAUUAUCUAUAG